ACGCUGGAUGUCGGUUGGAGGGGGGUUGCAUUCGUAAUGGUGUCUCGCGCGCGUAACAACGAUGGCGUGGAGCCCAAGCUGGACGCCGAUCCACCGCGGAUGCACACUCCACGCAGCGCGGCAGCCCAUGGAUGGAAGAGACCCUGGCAUGGCGAUCGUGGAUCGGCCGCGCCGUCUGCACCACGAACACACCCACAGUACAGCCAUGAUCCAUGCGUAAACCAGAUGAUGACAUGCUUGGAGAGUGCGGGCGGCACCCGAACGUCGCCAACGUGGCACUGUCUACGAUGGACCAGCCCGACACAACGCGCUGUCCGUCCCAUGCCAAGAGUGCGUAUGCGGUGUACGCUAUCCGUCUGAGUGGAUCCACGGGCUUGACAAAGUGUGGCACUGGACGCGUCCACAUCGGCCACGGCAGCCGAGCCAUCCGACGACCGAUUGAUGCAACCGAUCCGACCAUUUGCACUCGCUGGAAAGCUUCGAAACCCUUCACACAGUAUCGGGUGUGUCGCGGUCCGGUCUCGCGAAGCCCUGCAACUCGCGCUACUGUCUGGACGAUUCCUCGCAAACGUGACAUCCAAGUUAAAUACAUGCACGAUCGGGCGGCGACAUGACGAGGGGAA